GGGAGGUGGCCGUAAGUCAAGGACUACCCCUAAAAGUCUGACCCUUGUUGAAACCCACUUUUCUCGAUUUCCCCCCGCAGGAGAAUGCCGGCCGAAGGUGCGCCACUCCAAAGCCAAAGGGGAAAGGAAGAAGAAACAGCAGCUGCCGUUGCACGAACUCCUUCCUCCCCUGCUCCUGCCCCAGCCCUACCUGCCCAAGGAUGAGAAGCCGCAUCCCAGCCCUCUGGCGGGAGAAAGGUCCAUGGAGGCCAAGAACCUGGCCGAGGACAGCCAGCUCGCCAUGCCCGACCUCAGCGCCCUCUUUUCCGAAAGUGCCGCCGAAGAGGACGACUCCAAACAACGGCCCAUCAUCCCCAUGCUCUACGUGGUGCCCCAGUGCAAGAAGGCCCCCGCCGAGAAGAAACGCCUGACCUGCCAGGAGGUCUUUGAGCGGUUUGUGAAGAAGGACCAGAUGGUCCCCUUGGAGCUGGACAGGAAAGGCAACGACGACGACGGCGUCAAGGCAGAGAGCGUGGAGGGGCCGGCCGAGCCCAGUAAAUUGCAGGCUGUCCUACGCUUGGACGAUAUCACCCUGUGGAGGAUCCCUAAAAGGGAGAGGCGGGAGUUAUUCAAGCGCGUUUGCGGCAAGCCGGCGAGGUACGCGGCGGCCCUGUUCCGACGGAUGGUCCCCCCAGAUGAGCUGCGGAGGUGGCGAAGCGCCGUUAGCUAUUACGGGGGCAGAGGGAAGCGCGCCCUGCCCCACAACCUGGUGUUCCGCUUGCGGCACCUCUUGUACAGGCAGUACUCGGACAUUAUGGCGGCCGACUGGAGAAAAAUCCGGUUGAAAAUCAACAAGAUCCUGGGGGCUUGAUGGGGGAAUCCGGGCCUUUGCUGCUGCACGGCUCUCCCGUAGGGAUCUUGUUGUUUCUGGCAGGCUGGGCCGGAAGCCUUCCCAAAAGACGAGACUGUGGCGACCUGUUGAAGUGUUCUGGGCCAAAGCUGGACUCUUUUUUGUGUGUCUGUGGUUGUGCUGGUGGCCCGUGAUGGGCACAGCAGGGGCCACCUGUUCCCUUGUCUGGCUGUGAAAAGUUGGGCCUUGCCAACCCAGCAAUAAAUGUUUUGGUUUUUUUUUAAUGCAUUGUCUUCUGACCAG